GCUUCUCAAUUCUGCAUUGGUGCGCUUUGGACUACACACUUGACACGCGCCUUUUCAGAAACGGAUUGUCUAUGCUGAGUUUGCUUUCCUUGACAUGUUGUGUCGACAGUGUUGGGACUAGUUAGCGAAGAUGUGCUGAAGCCACCGGUAAACGAUAGCUUGUUGACAGUUAUUUUUAGUUCCCGCUCGCGCACGAUGAAAGAGAAACAGACCGCGAAAUCACCAGUGGUGCACGGUGACAAGUGAAGUGCAAGCAGCAGUCAACAGAGGUCCCUUUUGGAAGGAAUCGUAGAACGAUGAUGUCGAGGAGAGACAAACUGAACAUCCCCUCUCUUACUUUGGAUUUGUCACCCACUUGCCAAAGCCCAACUCUACUGAGCCCAUGCAGCCCCUGCAGCCCUUUACAAACCCUUCAUCCCUGGAGUUGCCGGAGCAGCAACAGGAAGAGUCUUGGCGUGGGGACACCAUCUCCCACUCUGUCACGCCCUCUCUCCCCACUCUCCGUCCACACCGCUGCAAGCAGUCCCCUAGACAGCCCCCGGAAUGUAUCCACCUGUGCCUUCCUCAACUUCCCAUUCGCUCGCAGAACGGAAGGCAGAAGAUGGUCUCUGGCGUCCCUCCCCUCUUCCGGCUACGGAACCAAUCCCCCCAGCUCUACCGUUUCUCCCUCCUCCUCCUCCCAGGAGCGCCUGCACCAGCUGCCCUACCAGCCCACUCAAGACCAACUCCACUUCCUGUUCAAGCACUUCCUCAGCUCGGAGAAUGUGGCCGACGAGGAAGUGCGACCCUCACCUUUCAUGCGCCCUCGCUCCCACAGCCUCAGCCCCGCAAGAACAAUGGGUUCAUUCGAUAAUGAGGUCGUCAUGAUGAACCAUGUUUACAAAGAACGUUUUCCUAAGGCCACACUGCAGAUGGAGGAGCUUUUGCUGGAUAUCGUCACUGCCUGCUCCUCAGAAAGCACCCUCCCACUGUCUGAUGGCGUACUGGGCUUCAUCCAGCACCAGCUGGUGGAGCUGGUCCGAGACUGUCUGGACAAGUCCCACACGGGCCUGGUCACCUUGCGCUACUUUGUGGAGUUGCAGGAUAAACUGGAGAAGCUGCUCCACGAGGCAUACGAUCGCUCGGAGAGCGAGGAGGUAUCCGUCAUCACCCAGCUGGUGAAGAAGAUUCUCAUCAUCAUAUCCCGACCGGCGAGGCUGCUCGAGUGCCUGGAAUUUGACCCGGAAGAGUUCUAUCAUCUGCUGGAGGCAGCCGAGGGUCAUGCCAAAGAGGGCCAGGGCAUCAAGACGGACAUUCCACGUUACAUCAUCAACCAACUGGGCUUGACUCGCGACCCCCUCGAAGAUAUGGUACAGCUUGAACAGUCUGCUCCGUCAAUGACAGUGAAGUUUGAUGAGUCGGUGGAGGUUCUGGGGCACCACGAGAGUGGUUCUUUAAAGAGUUACCAUCUCCCGAAUAAAACUCUAAAGCAGAACAAGUGUCCACAGACCCCAACGCGAAGGAAACCACUGGAGAGUGACUUUGAAACCAUCAAGCUCAUCAGUAAUGGAGCUUAUGGGGCUGUGUACCUGGUCCGUCACAGAAACACCCGGCAGCGUUUCGCCAUGAAGAAGAUCAACCGGCAGAACCUAGUCCUGAGGAACCAGAUCCAGCAGGUGUUUGUGGAGCGGGACAUCCUGACCUUUGCCGAGAACCCCUUCGUGGUCUCCAUGUUUUGCUCCUUCGAGACACGGCGCCACCUGUGCAUGGUGAUGGAGUAUGUGGAAGGUGGGGACUGUGCCAACCUGCUGAAGAACAUGGGCCCCCUUCCUGUGGACAUGACCCGGAUGUACUUUGCUGAGACUGUGCUGGCCUUAGAGUACCUUCACAACUACGGCAUCGUCCAUAGAGACCUCAAACCUGACAACUUGUUGAUCACCUCUAUGGGCCACAUCAAACUGACUGACUUUGGCCUGUCCAGAGUUGGCCUGAUGAACAUGACUACCAACCUGUAUGAGGGUCACAUGGAGAAAGACACCAGGGAGUUCAUCGACAAACAGGUGUGUGGCACCCCAGAGUACAUAGCCCCAGAGGUGAUACUGAGACAGGGCUAUGGGAAGCCAGUAGACUGGUGGGCCAUGGGUGUCAUCCUGUAUGAGUUCCUGGUUGGAUGUGUGCCCUUCUUUGGGGACACGCCCGAGGAACUCUUUGGGCAAGUUGUCAGUGAUGACAUCACCUGGCCCGAUGGGGACGAAGCUUUACCUGCAGACGCCCAGGACAUGAUCACACGGCUGCUGAGGCAGAGCCCUCUGGAGCGCCUGGGGAUAGGAGGAGCACCUGAGGUCAAACGACACAGCUUUUUCUUGCAUCUGGACUGGAACGGGCUACUGCGACAGAAAGCAGAAUUCAUCCCUCAACUGGAAGCGGAGGACGACACCAGCUACUUUGACACUCGCUCAGAGCGGUACCACCAUUUGGCCUCAGAUGAGGAUGAUGAAACCAACGAUGAGUCUUCCCUGGAAAUCCGACAGUUCUCCUCCUGGUCAAACCGCUUCAGCAAGGUAUACAGCAGCACAGAACAUCUGGCCACGCAUUCCAACUUGAGCUUCUCAUCGGGCCACAGCGAGGACAAGGAGGGCUGGGAUGGAUGUUUCACAACCUCCCCAGGAGGAGACAUCCACAGACAGGAACGCCAGCACCAAGAUCGCAAGGGCAGCCUGCGCCCUCGGGCCUCAUCCAGUUCCUCCCAGUCUGAGAGGAGCGCCAGCCCCCUGGUGAUGAGCAGCACCCACAGUCUGGAGACCAUUCCGCACUUCGCCUUCUCCACAGACGAUGAAGCUGAGGUGGUUGUAUCAAACCUGCAUCGGAUUCGUAGCAACAGCACCGGAGCGAAACACUCUUCCCCCAUGGACCACGGGGCCUCCCGACACUUUGGGAACCAGCUGGAGACUCCAGACAGUCCGAGGCUUGGGGGCAAACUACCCAAGUCUGCCUCCGCCUCCGCCCUGUCUCUCGUCAUCACUGCAGACGACAUGCCCGGCGGCCUCCAGGCCAGCCCCAUCUUAAUGCGCUCCCUCUCGUCCAACCCUUCAUCACGCGACUCAUCCCCCAGCCGAGACCUGUCGCUUAGCCUCAGCAUCCUGGGGCCACCCAUCGUCAUCCACAGCUCGGGGAGGAAGUACGGCUUCACUAUGCAGGCCAUCCGCGUCUACAUGGGCGACAGCAACGUUUACACUGUGCACCACAUGGUCUCGAAUGUUGAAGAUGGCAGCCCAGCCCAUGAGGCAGGACUGAGGGCCAAUGACCUCAUCACUCACGUGAAUGGAGAGUCUGUGCAAGGCCUGGUCCACACAGAGAUAAUGGAGCUGCUUCUGAAGAGUGGUGGCAAGGUGGCCCUUCAGACCACGGCCCUGGAGAACACGUCAAUCAAGGUUGGGCCGGCUCGAAAGACCAGCCACAAGGGCAAAAUGGCAAGACGCAGCAAGAAAAGCAAGAGAAGGGAUAAUCAGGACAGGCGGCGGAGCAUCCUGAAGAAGCUGUCCAAGCAAAGCACAGUGAUGCACAGCAGCCGAAGCUUCAACUCUGGCCUGCAGCACCACUCUGUGUCGUCCAGCGAGAGCCUGCCGGGUUCCCCCACACACAGCCUGUCCCCCGGCCCCUCCACCCCCUGUCGCAGCCCUGCCCCUGACCACCAGGCUGGAGACACCAACUCUCCACAGAGCACCUCUCCCAGCUCCAGCUCUCCCAGCUCCCUGCACGGCCUGGCCUCCAAGAUGGGCACUCAGCGCUACACCAAGGUGGGUCGCCGCAAGUCCACCAGCAGCAUCCCCCCGUCCCCCCUGGCCUGCAACUCCUCCACCCAGCCCCUGUCACCCCAGCGCUCCCCCUCCCCCCUCUCUGGCAUCACCAAGACCUUCCACGGCAAGACUCUGUCCCCCCCCACCAUCGUCCGCCAUUGUUUGCGCCCCCGCAGUGCCGAGCCGCCCCACUCCCCCCUCCUCAAGAGGGUGCAGUCAGCUGAGAGGCUCUCGAGCGCCUACCACACCGACAAGAAGUCGUACCCACACCGAAGGCACACGUUGGAGGUGCCUUUCCAGGACAAGGUGGAGGGAGUCUGCGGCGAAGGGGACUACGGGAGGCUGCUGGUGGGGUAUGGGGGCUGCCAGAGGCUGAAGGACUGGGCGUCAGAACGCUCAGAGCAGCUGGUGGUGAUGAGGAAGCUCAACCUGUCGGAGCGCCGCGACUCCUUCAAGAAGCAGGAGGCGGUGCAGGAGGUGAGCUUUGAUGAGCCUGACGACCAGAAGACCAUCCCCACGGUCACCGCAACAACGCUCAACGCCCCUGGAGGCAAUCGGGUCCCGCAGCGGGCGGCCUCCUGGACGGCUAUUUCCCAAACCAGCGAGGAGUUGACUGUGGUGAAACGUUUCAACCUGGUGCCUCAGAUUGCUGUGCAGGGCUUGAUAGAGAGCGAGGACCAGGAUGUCUGGGAGCCGUGCUCUGAUGGAGAGGAGGACGACGGCGAGAGGCAGGAGCCCGAAUCUACUGAUUCCAACAUAGGACCACAGCAGCCGAGCAAGGAUGUCUCUCUCAUGGUAAAAAUCUCCAGUAAGGCACCAGAGGCGACAGCUGCUUUGCACAAAGAAAGGCCUGCUUCGGAUUAAGUUGGGGAUACAGCAGUGGACUCUAGCCCCCAGAAAGGGAAGCUAAGGAAGUGACAUUUCCUUGACUCAUUUUAUAUAGCCAUUUCUUCCAAGGAAGCACCUUGAUACUCUCACUGCUGAAGGAAGGAAAUGUUUGGGCGAAAGAGUAUUUUGCCACAUUGAUUUUGUUUUGUAGAUUUCACUUGAUUCAGGACUUAGUUUUGUAAAUAUGUAACACCAGGAAAUAGACUGCACUUUAUUUUCUGGGCUUAUUUAUUACUUUUAAGCUAAUAGGAUUUAUAAUGGGGCCAAAAAAGGAAUGUGUUCAAUUGAUAGUGACUAGCCAAGAUUAUAUCAUGUUUUGUAUUCAUAGAAAUAUUUAUUUUGUAUUGUCAUUUUUCUAGAAAUGUCUAUUUUUAAACAUGGUACAGAGUAGUUGAUAAUGGUAGGAAUUUCACAGAAGUAAGUCGUUUUUGGCGAGGAAAGUUUUGACAUUUUUUUCUGCAUUCAUAAAUGGAAAGUAGGAAUGUAUAAAUCUUAAUUUCUAAAGAUUACCACACAUUGAAAGUUGUUCAGAUUUAGGCUUAGAAACUGAGACUACAGUUUUGAAGUAUAUUUUCAAUCGUACAAAACUGUAGGGCAAUUCUUAUAUGAACUACUUCGGUCAGUUUUUAGUUGAUGUGAAGACUACUCACUUUGUUUUGUUUUUUUGUUUUAUUAAGCCAUAUCUUAUGAACUGAAGGCCCUUUUUGUUUGACAAAUAAUGAUUUCCUUGUUGGCAGGCAAGACAGUAGCAGGAAAAUGUAGUCUCCUUUACAAAUAUAGUUUAUAUUUCAAAGCAAUUUUAUGCAACUCUGAGGGUAUUUCUUUAAAUCUUAGCCACCAUAGAAAUGAAAGCAAGUGUUUCACAUGAAAAUCAGUAACUAGUUUGUUUUAAAACCUGUUAAUUAUAUUGCACAAUAUUCUGUCAUAACCUCAUUGUCAUGUUCGUUCAUCCUGAUUGUUGUUCUGUUGUUCUAUUGGGUUCAUGGUUCCGCUGUACUGAUUCUCAUGGCAACAGGGUUUAACCCUUGGGUUUGCUGAAAUCACGGUGGACUUAAAUCAGUUGAACAUUGGUAUAGCAUGGCAAUUUGAGCUUGCUGUCAAUGCUUAUACUGCAAAAUCAUGAAACCUUUGUUUUUAUCAAAUACUGUUACCUCAUCACUGUCACACAGGCAAUUGUUGACAGGAUAUUGUUUUGAUAAGGCACAGAUGUUUUGCUCUUAACCCUGUUUUAGGCUACGUCCAGGAAUACAGUUAUCCAGGUGACACCACCAAGCUAAAGAGAAACGGUUUAAGCUUUCACGGGAUCCGCUUGCAUAUUUUCAAUUAUCCUUGAUGCAGCCUUUGACCUUAUCUACAUUUAUACAACGGUAGGUCUAAUCCUGAAUGCUGGUUGGUUAAAAGUGCAUUCCAGGCGGUGUCUAUUUCAUCUUGUGCUUUUGCGUUGAUGUUUACAUUUGGGUAAAGUGCACUAAGGGAAAUUACUAUUUUGACAUAACAUAUAUAUAUAUUUUUUUUACCGAUUUUUAAUAAUGAAGGAGCACCCCAUACCUUCAGUCAGACCCCAGGGCUUAGAUAUUAACAGAUGCUAGUUGUAUGUCUUUGUACUGUACAUGUAUAUAUUUUGAUAUCUGAGUCUAAUUCUGUAUGAAUUGUUAUUGGAUAUUUUGGAGUAUACCAAGCAACGCGAACGACCAUGGCCUCAACAAUGGGCGUCUGAUGCUGCAAGGAUGAAGCUUGUUGGGGAAUCACAUCAGUAUUGCAAUGCAUAUAAUACAAUGCAUAUAAUACAAUGCAUAUAAUACAAUGCAUAUAAUACAAUGCAUAUAAUACAAUGCAUAUAAUACAAUGCAUAUAAUGAAUUAGCUGCGUUGAACACCAUCAUUUUGGCCCAUUUUAUACACAAGUAGUUUUGAAGUCUGAUAUUGUCAAAUGGUACUUCCUGUUAUUUAACCCUCUUUAUAUAUCAAAAGUGGGGGGCUCUUUAGAAGUCUCAACAGAUCCUCAGACUAUAUUUUCAGACUGGAUGAACUGCUCAGGACUCAGAAGUCAGUGGUCGUGAAAUGAAGUUAUACCGAAGACACACUUAUUCGCAAAGUCAGAAUUGUUAACAAUGAACAUGCUGUAUACACAACUGAAACCAAUAUAAUUUUGGAGUCCUGUAUUUCUACUUAAUGAAACCACUUUUUGAUACCAUGUACUGUGAAGCUAUUGUGUUAGUCUGCACAUUUCAGCACUACAUCAUUUUACACAAGUACCUUUUUGAACUAAAUCUUCCUUAAACUGUUCUGUAGGAAUAGUGUAGGAUGCGGUUACUCUUCUGUUGGAUGCAUGCUGCAUGAGACAAGGACAGGUAAUACUUGAUUGCAUGUAACGCUGGGUUUAUAAAGCCCAAGCUGUGGUUUUUAAUGUGUCUAAUAGCAUUGUGUGCACAGUCAACUUUUGCACUUUCCUCUCACUCCUAUUCAUCAUGCCCUGUACCAGAUGUGAUCAUAUACAAAUUUAAGCAUGGUUUGAAAUAAUUGUGUUUUAGUCAAAUAUUCUUGCGGUCAAUUUGCAGCCAACUAAUUAUUUGGAAUUUAGACUCCGACCCACCGACAAUCCGCUCAAGAAAAAAAAUUGGCCCGUGGCUGAAAAAGUUGAUGAUCCCUGUCAUGAGGGAUGCAUGUGGUUCAUCAAGGGCUGGGAGUGAGCUUAGAAGGUUUGGCUACACAUCAGUCUGCAAUGCUUUGUCUUUUGUAUUUAACUCUCAUUCUGACGCUUUGCCAUUUUGUCUGCUAUCUAACACCUCUAUUCUCACUUAGUUGUAGACUAAGGGUACCUGUAUAUUGUAGCACACUUGCAGGGUAAAAUGGAAGAACAUGUCCACAUUUAUUAUUUCUGUUUAAUUGUGAUUUUGUUAGCACUGUACCUCCAGUAUUUCUCAUUUCCAUUUUAUGUGAAUAUGGAUAUACUGUAUAAGCCAACUUUAUCUGGCUAGUUUCUAAAAAAUAAAAAAAAGGUUCUAACACUAUGGCCUAGCUCCCUAUUCAAACAAAAGCAAAUGUUGAAUACAUAGAUGGCUGGCUAGGAUGUUAUUAUGCCUAUGGUUGGGUUGUACUGUUGAAUGUAUUUGCCAAUAAGUACUUUCAUAAUAGAGGAAUUGUGAUAGGAGACUUCAGAUGGGAAUCCUAUAAAUGUUGCAGGUUCAUAUGACUUUGCCUUUCAACAUCUGUCUGCUUAUGUUUGAGUAGUGAGGCGUGGGCUGGUGCAAGUGUCAAGAUUGAUCUAUUUUGUGUUUUUACUGGCUGUUGCCAAACUGUUUUAUGAUAAAUUGUUUCCAUAUGGCAUUUGA